AUGGCCUCCCCUCUAGCCAUUAUCAUGGGUUACCAUGAUCACAGCGACGGCUACCUGUCCGGGGACGACAACGCCAACAACGCCUCAGCCGUCCGCCAAGGCUCGCCCGCCCGCGAGCUUCCCGUCGCCGCCUCCGACAGCACCUGGGGUGCCGGCCACGCCGUUCUGCGUCCCCAUACCCAGAUCCAUCGCCGUUGCGGCGCCUGCCAGAUGCCCUUUCACCAAUACGACCGCAUGCUAGCAAUCACGAGGCGAGGCGGCCGUCUUCAAAUCUAUGAUGCCCAAACCGCCACCGCCCGCCCCUUCGCAAAGCAGUGGUACAAGGUCCAGGCCACCUUUUGCAAGCUCCUCGGCUGCACCACCUGCCAGAACAGCGAUGAGAGCGCUACCGUCCACGUCGACUGCUUCAAGCUCUUCGUCCGCGAGUGCGCGGCCCCGGACAAGAUCCACCGCCUCUGGCUGGCCUCGGUCGUCAUGGAUCCCUGGCUGCAAUGCCAGGACACCGGCCUGCCGUACAGCUUUCAAGAGCGCAUGUCCAGCCAGGAUGCCGCUCGCGCGUGGAACUUGCCUGCGGUCGCGCGGCUACCACUCGAGAUUUGCCUGAUGAUCGUCGCCCAAACGCGCAACACCCUCUCCACUCGGUACAUUGCUGUCAUGAGCCGCGCCCGAGAGCUCACCCAUGCCACGGCACCGAGCCAACCGCCUGUAUCCAUGGCCCUUACCGAUAUCAAGUACUGGGGUCGCGGCAUGGCUUGGCCGUUGCAGGUCCCGCAAGGAACCGAGGAUGACCUUGUCCGUGUCACUAUCGACUCGAGCGGUAUUCAGCAGAUUGAGCGCCUUGAUAAAAUCAGAGAGCCUAUGCACUCCACCUACCUCCGCAAGCUCUUUGUAGUCGAAGAAUCACACAAGUUCACAUCGGUCAAGGCGUCGGUGGUCACUGUCGUCUGA